AUGGCAGCCCGUUUGCGACGAGCCGAGGAAGAGGAGCAGCAGCUGUGGGAGGAGCCGGCAUGCCCACCCACUCCGAGGUAUAUCGCCGAACCGUGGGUGCCGCCCCAGGAGGAGGCCGACGUUCGGGCUGCCUCUCCGCCGGGCUGGCUGCCGGAGGUGCCGCGGUACGAGGGGUCGCCGACGAGACCACCCUCACCGGAAGGCGAGGCGCUCCCUCCCCGGUCGCCACCACCGCCGCAACCUGAUACGCCACCACCACCGACGAGGCGCGGUGAGAAAUCUCCCCGAUGGAGACCCGCGCGGCCACCCACGCCGAGGUUCGAACGGCCGCCGGCGGCAGAGUCGCACCUGCGCCGGUCACGCCACAGUACCAACCCGGAGACCCGGUACUGGGCCAACGACACCGGCAGGGACACGAAACGCGGCGGAGCCUCAGGAGCGGGGGCCGUGGAAAUGGCCGGAACCGACGGGAGGUGGAAGGCCAAGUUUGAAGCGGUAACAUUCAGCGCCCGUGGUGUACGAAUCGGCGGCGCGUCCUUAGUUGGCGCGGACGAUGUCGGCGCCGGAAGGCCAGCUAUGGCUUGGAGUCCCGCAGCAGGAGUGGCCCGCAGGUAUCGCGGAGGAACUGGCGUUGCGCGAGGCUCGCAACCUGGGCGGCAGGCGCAGCGUGUGGGUCAGGAACGGCGGACGCCGUGA